AAUGCAAAUCCUUCCCCAGAAGAGCCUUUUAAAUUCAAAGAUGAGGUGGCUUUUUUAUCCCAAGCACAUAACAAAAUAAAGAAGUUAACCAGAGUAACAAAUUCAAAAGUGGCAGACGAAAUUAAAACAAUUUCCGGCCUUGAAUUUGCUGAUUUUCUUUUUGUGGAAACCAAGUAUCCGAUCACUGGUGAUAGUGGCGAGAGUAUUGACGUUAUUGGUUUUUCUUUACAAAACGAGACAGAAAAGUAUUAUGCUGAAUAUUAUCGGCAAUUGAAAGACAAAAUUAGUGAGAAAGGAGCAAUUACGGGAAAAAUAAUUAGACUGGAAAAUAUUGAUAACGAGAAAAUUGAUUUUGAGUGGCAAGAAGCCAGCAAAAGUUAUCGGACCUUAAACAUUGACACUAAAAAUGCUGAUUUUACCAUACAAGUUGAAGAACAAGCCAAGGAAGAACCGCCGAUAAUUGAGGAUUGA